AUGAAAAACCAAAUCCAGGCAGAAGGGAACAGCACAGCAGUCCUGGAGUUCACCCUGGAGGGCUUCCCUGCAGUCCAGCACCUGGGGAAGGUCCUCUUCCUGCUGCACCUGCUGGCCUACCUGGCCUCUGUCACGGGGAACUCGCUCAUCUUCACCAUCAUCUGGGCUGACUGCCGCCUCCACACCCCUAUGUACUUCUUCCUCAGUGCUUUCUCGGUCUGUGAAUGUGGUUUUAUCACCACGGUUAUUCCUGAACUGCUGAACACCUUUCUUUUAGGUCAGCAAAAAAUUCGUUUCACUUCUUGUCUCAUACAGGCAUUUUCCUUUUUGUUUCUUGGGUCAACAAUUUUCUUCCUCAUGGCUGGGAUGUCCUUGGAUCGAUACCUGGCCAUUUGCAGGCCUCUCCACUACCCAGCCAUCAUGAACCUAAGGGUCUGCUUCUUUUUGGUUUUCUUCUGCUGCUUUUUGUCCUUCAGUCUUAUCACUGGGGUAGUUCUAAAGGUUUCCCAGUUGUCUUUUUGUGGCCCCAAUGUCAUCCCUCACUUCUUCUGUGACCUCGGAGCUCUCAUCCGUCUCUCCUGUUCUAACCACAGAUCUACAGAAAUGCUGACUUUCGCCCUAGCUUUGUUCAUCUUGAUCACUUCCCUCCUGAUAACCAUCAUGGCCUACAGCAACAUAGUGGUCACAGUCCUGCGCCUCCCAUCAGCCAAGGAGCGGAAGAAAGCCUUCUCCACCUGCUCCUCUCACCUUCUUGUCCUCUCUCUGAUGUAUGGCAGCUGCAUCUUCAUCUACGUGAAGCCAAAGCAAACCAGCAGACUGGAAUCCAACCGAGAGGCUGCUCUGGUGAACACUGUGGUGACCCCACUGCUGAACCCCAUCAUCUACACCCUGCGCAACAAGCAGAUGCACCAGGCGCUGAGGAACAUUUUGUUCAGGCUGAAGUUCGCGACAUAG